CAACAAGAGCAGCUAUCUUCAUCACCUUUUGGAAUUACCACAUGUUAAGUGCGUGUGUUUGUGGGAAGAUUUAUUCUAUUUGAAUUUCCCAUUCCUGUAGCAUCUACUAUUUAUUCAAUCGUAGUUAGUCCCGUACAACGAGGACCACGCAGCUGAGAAAGGGAAGGGACAGUCAAGCUCCAUAUAAAUUCGCACGGAAUAUAAACUACCCCAGAGACCCGCGUGGCCGAACUUACAUCGCCCUUUUCAAUACACAGGGGCGGCUCUAAUCCCAUAUACUACAUGUAUAUACAGAGGCGACUCAGAAACUCGAUUUACCAGAUCUACAUACAUGAGCAAGCGUCACCUAUCAGGAGACUUUAAGAAUAUACUAAACAGCAUCUCCUGCCUCUUCAAUCGCUGUUCCGCCUUCCAUCUCCACAGCUGUAUCAUGGCACCCAAAAGCACACUCGGGGGCGGGGCGAAACCACCUCAGCAGAUGCGGAACAUCACUAGCAGACCACGUUUAACCCAUUUCCUCUGCCUGCCAUUGGUAAACUCAAUCUCCAUUCCACAGCUAGUCUCAUCCCUGGCAGAAUUCCGGGAUUCCAUCCCACUCGUACCUCCCCCUGUCUCCGCUCUUGUAGCAGCUUCAGCUCAGCUCCCUCACACACCCCUUUUCCCUAAUGGAGCGCUGAGGCCACUAGGCACUUUGCACCUGACCCUUGGGGUCAUGAGUCUGCCUACCAAAGAGCGCCUAGAGGGAGCGCUGGCAUUCUUUCACUCAUUGGAUCUUGAAUCGAUGUUGCGAGAUGUGGAGGCUCAGGCGAGGGCUGUAACGGCCGGCGAAAGUGGUAUAUCAAAUGCCAUCGCUGCUGAUACGGCACCACAGCCGCUUAUAAUUGAUUUAAAAUCCCUACAUGCGCUUCCCAAAGCGAGGGCUGCCACAAUUCUUCACGCGCAGCCCGUCGAUAACACAUCCCGCCUCUACCAAUUCUGCGUCAGUUUGCGGAAUAAAUUUAUCGAGGCUGGUUUUAUAGAGCAGGAGAUGAUCAAAAACUCUCCUAGGUCCAAGAACCAAGCCGGUAGGAUCAGUGGUAAUAAGGUACAUGCAGAUGGAUCGGAUUCUGAAGGCCUCGAGGGAGGCCAUGGCGACAACGAUGAUAAGAACAGCAACAUCGGUGCAGCCUCCUUGUCCACUCAAGCCGAAGCACCCUCAUUGCCGUCGGAUCGAAAUGCCCGAAAACCACGUCCGCUCCUCCUACACGCCACUAUCGCCAAUACGGUCUAUCUACCCCGUCGCAAGCAGCGGGAUGGGAAGCGCAAGGAACCGUUCAAGUUCGACGCGCGGCCGCUUCUGAUGGAAUUUGGCGAUUAUGAAUUCCCGAACACCGACUUAGAUAGCUGGGAUCAGGAGCGUGCAUACGGUAAGAACCAUGCCUUAUCGUUGGAAGUUGAAGGGGAGGGGGAGGGGGAGGACAAGGAGGAGGAUGAAGUGCUGGAAAAGCAGAAAGAGAGUAAGAGGGAGAGAAGGGAGAAGGGGCCCUUUGUCUGGGCGAGGAAUAUUCCCAUUGAUCGUGUUUGUAUUUGCGAGAUGGGCGCAAAGCCGGUAUCUGAUGAUGGUGCGAACGGUGGGCAGUUGCUGGGUGAGGCCUAUGUUAGUAUUGCGGAGGAAAGUUUGGUAUUUGCGCCGCGGGUGGCAGGGGAUGGAGAUGGAGAUAAUGGGGAUCGGUCGGAUGAUGGGGGUGUUAAGCUACAUUAA